ACCACUUCUCUCUCACUCACUCUCUGUUUCUCUCCUUUUAGUUGCUCCCCUUCAGUUCCGAAUCGAAACGCCUCGCUUUUUCCUCUCUCUCUACAAAUCACACACACACAGAGUCACUUUCUCUUUCUGCAUUUGAAUUGUGUGAGGCGUACGUACGUCAAUGGCGGUUCCUCCGACUGUACCUGCAACGCCGGCAUCGUUGUACGUUGGUGACCUUCACCAUGACGUAACCGAUGGACAGUUGUUUGAUGCUUUCUCUGAGUUCAAAAGCCUUGCUUCUGUUCGCAUCUGCCGUGACUCAUCCACUGGCCGUUCCCUCUGUUACGGCUACGUUAACUUUAUUUCUCCUCAAGACGCUAUACGCGCUAUUGAGGUGAAAAAUAACUCCACUCUCAAUGGGAAAGUUAUAAGGGUUUGCUGGUCUCGUCGUGACCCUGAUGCGAGAAGAAGUGGGAAAGGAAACGUGUUCGUCAAGAAUUUAAGUGAUACAAUUAACAAUGCGAAGCUUCAAGAAAUGUUUCAAAAGUUUGGAAAUACCUUAUCUUGUAAAGUUGUCUUUUCUGAGGAAGGGAACAGUAAAGGAUAUGGCUUUGUCCAGUUUGAGUCUGAAGAAUCUGCGAAUGCUGCUAUUGAGAAGCUUAAUGGGACCAUGGUUGGAGACAAGCAGAUGUAUGCUGGUAAGUUUGUCAGGAAGAGUGACCGGAUUUUGCCCAGUCCUGAUGCUAAAUACACAAAUUUGUACUUCAAGAACUUGGACCUUGACAUCUCGGAAGAGCAUCUUAGAGAAAAAUUCUCUGGGUUUGGGAAGAUUAUUAGCUUGGUCAUUGCAAAAGAUGAGAGUGGAGCUUCAAAAGGUUUUGGAUUUGUGAACUUUGACGAUCCUGAUGAUGCUAGGAGAGCAAUGGAAGCUAUGAAUGGAUCACCAAUUGGCUCCAAGACCUUGUAUGUAGCCCGAGCACAAAAGAAAGCAGAGCGCGAACAACUUUUGAAGCGUCUGUUUGAGGAGAGAAGGAAGGAGCAAAUCAUGAAAUACCAGGGUUCAAAUGUGUAUGUCAAGAAUGUUGACGAUGAUGUCUCUGAUAAUGAGCUGCGCGAGCUGUUUAGCCAAUGCGGCACAAUUACUUCUGCAAAAGUUAUGCAAGACGAGAAAGGUGUGAGUAAGGGCUUUGGAUUUGUAUGCUUCUCCACAGCAGAGGAGGCCUAUAAAGCUGUGAAUACUUUUCAUGGAUUUAUGUUGCGUCGAAAGCCGUUAUAUGUGGCUAUUGCUCAAAGAAAGGAGGAAAGACAGGCCCAACUACAGCUUCUAUAUGCACAACGACUUGCAGGGCUAACAGGACCUCCAGCUAUGUUUCCUGGUGGAUAUCCUCCUUUUUACUACCCAGCCCCCGGUGUUGUUCCUCAAAUGCCUACACGACCUGGGCUGAUGUAUCAGGCUCUCGGUGUGAGGCCGGGUUGGAGGACUAAUGGGUUCACAAACACCACUAGACCUGCCUUUCAACCUUCUCCAGUUCCCUUGAUUCCUAAUAAUUCCCGACAAUAUAGGCAGAAUAGGGGAAGGAUGAAUGGAUAUAUGCCAGCUUCAAAUGUGACAAGCGUGCAGCAAUCAAGUCAAUCAGUGGUGUUAUCAAAUGGCAAUCCUCAGCGUGCUGGGCAGUUCAAAUAUGUGCCCAAUGGCCGGACUCGUGACAUGAACAAAGGAUCUGUUGCAUCAAAUGCUGGUUCUGCUGCAGUUGGAUCUGUUGGAUCAGUUGCUGAGGGAUCUCAAAUGCUGAGUACCUUGCUUGCUUCUGCUGCUCCUGAGCAGCAGAAACAGAUACUUGGAGAGCGCCUUUAUCCUCUUGUCAAUCAACAUAAGCCCGACCUUGCUGCAAAGAUAACGGGAAUGCUCUUGGAGAUGGACAAUGCGGAACUACUGUUGUUGUUGGAGUCGCCGGAGUCUCUGGCAACCAAGGUGGAGGAAGCUGUUGAGGUGCUCAAGCUGUCUAAGGCUAAAGUUUCUAGCCAAGAUUCACUUCAUCCAAGUUUUCUUUCCGCGGAAGUUGCUGUCAACUGAAGAAAGGCUGCUGUGACAAUUUUGUCUUUAGAAAAGUUUGAGGUUUUCUGAAGGGGUGGUGGUAUGGUUAGGUAAUAGAGUAAGCAAGGGUUGUCAUACAUUCUGGCAACCCCACACUCCGCUGCAUGGAGUUCACAUUUCGGCUUUUUGUCUGAAAAUAGACUUAUCUCUAUUUACCUUCUUUAGAGGGAUUUACUUCAGAUUUUACAUGACUUUAUAUUAUAUUUUGGUUUUAGUGCAGACUUUUGAAAUUUUUUA